UAUGCCGCCGCGGCCCUCUGGCUCUCGGCCAUGGCGAGGCUCAGCCGGCGCGUCCCCUGCACCCUGCUCCUGGGCCUGGCAGCUGUGCUGCUGAAGGCGCGGCUGGUCCCCGCCGCUGCCAGAGCCGAGCUCAGCCGCUCGGAUCUCAGCCUCAUCCAGCAGCAGCAGCAGCAGCAGCAGCAGCAGCAGCAGCAGCAGCAGCAGCAGCAGCAGCAGCAGCAGCAGCAGCAGCAGCAAAGGCAGCGGGACGAGGCGGAGGAGGAGAGGCCAGAGGUGCCUGGGGCAUCCUCUACCGUCCCUGUUCCAGUGUCUGUGUUUGUGCUGAAAGUCCAGGUGAAUGACAUCAUCAGUCGCCAGUACCUGAGCCAAGCAGUCGUAGAAGUGUUUGUCAACCACACGAAGACGAAUUCCACAGUCACCAGAAGCAAUGGAGCCGUGCUGAUAAGAGUGCCCUAUAAACUGGGACUCAGCCUGACCGUCGUGGCUCACAAAGAUGGUUACGUGUUGACACCGCUGCCGUGGAGGACCGGGAGGAUGCCAAUAUAUUCAUCAGUUACACUUUCACUGUUCCCGCAAAGCCAAGCAAAUAUAUGGCUAUUUGAAGACACUGUUUUAAUUACUGGAAAAUUAGCUGAUGCCAAAUCUCAACCAAGUGUUCAAUUUUCAAAAGCCUUAAUUAAACUACCAGACAACCACCACAUCAGCAACGUUACAGGCUAUCUUACAGUCCUGCAACAGUUUUUGAAAGUGGACAAUUUUCUGUAUACAUCUGGAAUUACUCUUAAUAAAUCAGGUUUUGAAAGCACUGAAUUGACUCCUCUUGCUGCAAUAUGUGUGAAGAUAUAUUCUGGAGGGAAGGAAUUGGCGGUGGAUGGCUCUAUUCAAGUUUCUCUCCCCCUAAUACAUACCAAUGAUGUAAGCGCAGGGGAUCACAUACCUGCCUGGACAUUUGAUAUGAACACAGGAACAUGGAUAAAUCAUGGCCAGGGAAUGGUCAAGGACUAUAAUAAUCACUUAAUUUGGACAUAUGAUGCACCACAUCUGGGCUACUGGAUAGCAGCUUCACUUCCAGGAACCAGAGGUUCAGGUAUAAUUGGAGACCCAAAGGACAUCACUGCCUACCACACAGUGUUUCUGACAGCCAUAUUGGGAGGAACGAUAGUCAUUGUCAUUGGAUUUUUUGCUGUGCUUCUUUGUUAUUGCAGGGGUAAGUGUGGUACUCCGCAGAAAAGAGAAAGAAAUAUCACUAAACUUGAGGUCCUCAAGAGAGACCAGACAACUUCAACAACACACAUAAAUCACAUCAGUUCAGUCAAAACUGCAUUAAAAGCUGAGGAUAAGUCACAGUUAUUCAAUGCCAAAAAUUCCUCAUACAGCCCGCAAAAAAAGGAACUACCAAAGACAGAAGGAGAAGAAAGAGUUUCCGUGGUAAAAACUCGGGACAAUUUUAAAAUCUACAAUGAAAAUGUUUCAUUUCUGUCAGCCAAUCAAAAUAGUUACUCAAGAAACCCAACACAGUCCUUGGAGUCCAGUGUAGGGGCCAAACAACUCAUGCAUAUUAAUAACAAUCUAUCUUCUCUGGGUGAUGCUCAAGAGGAAAAGAGGUAUCUCACAGGUAAUGAAGAGUUAUAUGGGCGCUCCCACAUUCCUGAACAGCUUAUGCAUAUCUACAGCCAGCCCAUUGCCAUCCUUCAAACAUCUGACCUUUUCUCCACUCAAGAGCAGUUACAUACUGCUAAGUCAGCUACUUUGCCAAGAAAGGGACAAUUAGUCUAUGGCCAAUUGAUGGAACCAGUAAAUAGAGAGAACUUUACACAGACAUUGCCCAAAAUGCCAAUGCAUUCUCAUACACAGCCUACAGAUGCCAGGGAAGAGAACAUCCCACUUGAAGGUCAACAGAGCUUGCCAUCCCAAACUUCAGAUUGGAGCCGGUAUUCCAACAGCUUACUAGAGUCUGUUUCUGUUCCUGGAACCCUAAAUGAAGCUGUUGUAAUGACUCCCUUUUCAUCAGAGCUUCAAGGAAUUUCAGAACAGACCCUCCUGGAGCUGUCCAAAGGAAAGCCCUCCCCCCAUCCCAGAGCCUGGUUUGUGUCUCUUGAUGGCAAGCCGGUUGCACAAGUGAGGCAUUCCUUUAUAGACCUGAAAAAGGGCAAGAGAACCCAGAGCAAUGACACGAGUCUGGACUCAGGGGUGGACAUGAAUGAGCAUCACUCCAGUAGAAAACUCGAGAGGGAGAAAACUUUCAUCAAAAGCAUGCAUCAGCCUAAGAUUCUUUACUUAGAAGAUUUAGACCUAAGUAGCAGUGAGAGUGGAACCACUGUCUGCUCCCCGGAGGACCCAGCUUUAAGGCACAUUCUAGAUGGAGGGAGUGGAGCUAUCAUGGAACACCCUGGGGAAGAAUCCCCAAGAAGAAAAAGCACUGGUGAAGAUUUUGAAGCCAAUACAUCCCCUACUAAAAAAAGGGGCAGACCACCACUAGCCAAAAGAGAUAGCAAAACUAAUAUCUGGAAGAAGCGAGAGGAACGCCCACUGAUCCCCAUAAAUUAACACCAAGGAUGGUUGUGUGUCUGCUCUCUUGUGCUGUUUAUUCUUGCUUCUUAUUGUAAACUGCAGUAGGAACUUCUUAAGAAGGUGAGAUUGAACAAUCCAGUGGUCCCUGGACAUGUCUCAAGCAGAGUAAAUAGGAAAAUGGUAAUUCAGUAAUGAGAGGGAAUGCUUUUUCUGAUUUAUUCUUUUCAUUUAUUUGUGGGUGCUGAAUUUGAUGUAUCCAAGUGUUCAAAAUGUAAAAUAGCCUCAAGAUGUCAAUUAUCUGAAAACAUUGCUCAGUCACCAUCUUAGCCCUGAUUUGCUUAAGAAAUAACAUUGUGGAGCAUGCACUCCUAAAGUUGCUUCCAUGUACAAAUGUGGCUUCUGCUUUGAGAACACCCCUGUGAAACAUUUAGAAAUGACACUGUAUUCUUCAGGCACCAUAUUCCUCUGAAAUAUCACUAUUAAGUUCUCCACUACUUACACUUGAAAAUAACUUAAUACAUGUUUUUGAUUAUGUAAUUUUAGAGUUUAAAGGCCAAACAACAUUUUCUUUCUUUCUUUUUACUUUAUUUUUUUUCUAUAAACAUCAUGUAUAUUGCCCCAAAGUAAAUCCCAUAUUCAUGUAAGAUGGGCAAGAAGCUACUUGGUUGUUAGAGAGGGAAACUCCAGAAAUUUGUUUUUUUUUUUAAAUGUAACUUUGCAGAAUAAAUGGUAAGGUGAUAAUUUGUUAUUUAGAAAUUUGAGAAGUAAAUUUUUAUUUAAAAAUUUCCUUUUCCCUUUCCUCAAAAGUAAAGUGAGCUUAGCUGUCAAGGAAAACUACACGAAUCUGGAAAAAACAACAACAAAGAAACAAAAAACCUUAUCUUUAGUUUAAGAGUCACUGAUACAUGUAAAGCUAAAAUCUUUUUUUUUUUUAAUCCUCACCCAA